GGUGAAAGCAUCGCUUGUUGAACAGUAAGCCCGUGGACGGACAAGACAUAUUUCAAAACUCCAGGAUCACUUUCAAAUUUCCAAGUUUUGGGAUCGCUUUAUUACAACAAUGGCUGGCUUCCUGUCAAUAUUUAGACGCGCUUUGGAUCAGGACAUGGUGGACAAUGUGAACGGAUUCUGGUCGGUUCUUCUCUUGGCCCUGUGCUCGGUAGGAGCAUUUCUAGUACGAUACGUUACUGAUCCUAUAAGUUGCUGGCAUCCUGUGCAUUGGACGUCUUCACACAGUUCAUACGCCGACCAGACGUGCUUUCUCACAGACCGUUAUUACGGAACAAACCCAUCUCUUCCUAGCCACCAAGUGCGGGAACCUGUACCCUCCUACCACCUCUGGAUACCACUCAUACUCGUCUUCCAAGCCCUUGCUUUUAAAGUACCGAACACCAUCUGGAACGGCGGCAAACACUUACUCAGUCUCAACUUAGACGAAACUGUAUCGUCCCUGAACAAUGUACAACUGACCAAUGCUGAAAAUCGCCAGGCCAUCUUCAGUGAUGCAGCCCGGGUAUUUGGAAGUCUGCUGAGAAGAAACCGACUUUUUCUGGCUCUUCUGUACCUGUUUGUGAAGCUCCUCUCGUGUGUCAAUCUGAUAGCACAGUUGAUGUUCCUGACAAUAUACUUCAGACAAUACCUGGCAAUCCGUGUUGGUUCCUCUGCAGGUUUUAAUAUGGACUCCAUCAUAAAACCAUUGCUGAUUAAAGAUGUUUUGUGCGACAUCAGUGUGCGUAAGAUGACAAACGUCCAAAUAUUCACAGUUCAGUGCACUCUGCCAAUCACCGAAAUCUAUGAGAAGAUGUUCACAUUCUUGUGGUACUGGGUCUUCCUCCUGGCUGUCAUCACCGUCCUAAAUCUUGUCCUGUGGGCAGGCUAUCUAUUCCUACCGUUCCUAAGAGAUAGCAGAAUAGCUGCCCACGUCAAAGCUGCCAAAGGAUCUAGCCCAGAUGAACACUCUAUAACUCGAUUCAUAAGCAGUUUCCUGGGAAUUGAUGGUGUGCUUAUCUUGUCCAUGAUCUCCCAGAAUUCCAACGAGUUGGUUGCAGCAAAUCUCACCCAACAUUUAUACCAGGUGUUUCAGGAGACGGAGGAAGAACCAGACGUGGACGCUGUCGGACCAGGAGCAACAGGAACCGAAGUAAAUUUACCGAUAAGUGAUCUAUCCUCUUGAGCCGAAAAUCCGGAGAAAGUGCCCAUUGUGUAACAACAUAACUGGUGUGCCACCAAGAGCCAGUAUUUCACGGAAAUGUUUCCUUGUCACGCAUGACGCCCUGGUUAUGUCAAUUGUACGGUACAUUGUGUAGAGACCAUUUUCUCAACUUUGAUAUCUGUGGAUAUAGGGCCCGUAAGUGCAGCGAGGCACUACAUCCGGAAUGAGAUUUCCGGUGACAAGCGUUUUUUCACGAGUUAGUUCUGAUUCCAAUUUGUACGACUGCCAAAUAUGAGGAUCAAGUGUACUACAAGUGGCUGUCACAGCUGUUUAGCCGGAUCAUUGACUAAUUUGGAGAUAAGACGGGAUAUCUCUAUUCCAGCAAGGCUGGGGGGAGGGGGUCACCCAUUUGUUCGGGGGAGGUAGGAUAUUCAUAAGUUAUGUACACGUGUACAAAGGGGUGUCAUAGAUUUUGUACAUGACAUGCAGGAUUUGAGGGGAGGGGGUUGUGUUGUGUAAAUUUGUACAAUUUGGGUGGGUGUGGGUUGUCAUUCACAUUGUACAUGCUUCGCCAUAAAAUUCUUCAUCACUCCUCAGCCAUAAAUUAUGUACGGUCCCUUACUGACAAUUUACAUACUAUUUGAACAGAUAUGAAUACGUGUCUUUACCUAUCAUUUAAUUUUGUCAACUGGUGCAGUUUUAUCGUCCACACGUGUGAUCUUUUAGACAGUGGUAUAACAUGGUAUUGAUGGAAACUCACUGGCAUGGAUUUGAAAUGAAACGUGAAAUACAAUUUACUGAAUGUCUUAGUAAUAACAGGAACGUCAUGUUGUUUUCAUAUUUGACCAUAUUGACUCUGUCAUACCCAUUUUAAA